UGCCAUAUUCAAUUUAAUCAACUGGUUAUUUUUUCCCCAGAAAUCCAAACAUUGUUAGCAAUGGAUUUGAGGAGACUGGCUGUCAACAAACCCAUCUAUAUCUACACCCCAAUCACACGCCCCUUAACCUGCGUAACAUCUACUACUUCUGCUGCUGCAGCUGCCCAACAAUUCAACCCUCAACAGCAGCCUCAGCCGCCUUUGAAUCUAACCGACUCCGACUCUUCCAACGAUUCUAAUAAUAACAAUAACCAGGGUCUGCUUGGUAGGCUAUCUUGUAUUCUCUCUAAGUCAUCCCUAGAUUCUUCCAAAUGCAAACAGCUCCUUCCUCUUUUGUCGCCUCUCGAUUUUGAUCGAUUCUUCUCAGCCAUUUCUUCGCAUCUCAAUCCCAAAACCACUUUGCAUUUUUUUUACCUUGCUUCUCAAUCCUUCAACUUCCGAUUUACCCUUCGAUCCUAUUGUAUUUUGAUUCUUUUGCUUCUUCUUGCCAAUCAUUCUUCACCUGCUAGAUUGCUCUUCAUUCGUUUGAUUGAUGGGAAGCUGCCGCUUUCCUCUCCUAACAAUACUACCAUUGAUCAUAUUCAGAUUACUACUGCAUUGGCGGAUUUGAAUACACUUUCUAAGGGGGUUCCCCGGGUUAUGGGGGUUGAUAUGUUGCUUCAUCUCUAUUGCACCCAGUUCAAAAAUGCGGGUUUUACUUCCGCUAUUGAUGUCUUUUUCACACUGGCCGACAAGGGUAUGUUUCCUUCUUCCAAGACUUGCAACUUUUUCUUGAGUUCUUUAGUCAAGGCUAAUGAACUGCAAAAGACCUAUCAAGUGUUUGAAACUUUGUCUCGUUUUGUCUCCCUCGAUGUGUACUUGUGUACUACUAUGAUAAAUGCAUUUUGCAAGGGUGGAAGAAUUCAGGACGCCUUUGCCCUGUUCUCUAGGAUGGAAAACUUGGGUAUUGCACCAAAUGUAGUCACUUAUAAUAAUAUUAUCCAUGGAUUAUGCAAGAGUGGCAGACUGGAUGAGGCAUUUCAGCUUAAACAGAACAUGACAAGACAUGGAGUGCAACCCAACCUCAUUACUUUUAGUGUUCUUAUCAAUGGUUUGAUUAAAUUGAAUAAAUUUGAGGAAGCCAAUUUUGUUUUGAAGGAAAUGUCUGGUAAGGGGUUUGUCCCAAAUGAGGUUGUAUAUAAUACAUUAAUUGAUGGCUACUGCAAAAUGGGAAAUAUUGAUGAGGCACUUGGUGUAAGGGAUGAGAUGUUAUCCAAGGGGAUGAUUCCCAAUUCUGUUACAUUGAAUUCACUUGUCCAGGGGUUGUGCAGAACUGGCCAAAUGGAGCAUGCUGAGCAUCUUUUAGAGGAAAUGUUAUCUAUAGGGUUAUCUAUAAACCUCGGUGCCUUCAGUUCUGUAAUUCAUUGGUUAUGCAUGAAGUCUAGGUUUGAUUCUGCUCUACAUUUUACCAGGAAAAUGUUAUUGAAAAAUUUAAGGCCCAAUGAUAGGUUGAUUACUACGUUGGUUGGUGGACUUUGCAAGGACGGAAAGCAUUCUGAGGCUAUUGAACUUUGGUUUAAGCUUUUUGAGAAAGGUUUUGCAGCCAAUACUGUGACCUCAAAUGCUUUAUUACAUGGUUUAUAUGAAGCAGGUAAGAUGCAAGAGGCUAUUAGGCUUCUAAAGGAGAUGAUACAGAGUGGUUUGGUAUUAGAUAGGGUCUCAUACAAUACACUGAUUUUGGGAUGGUGCAAAGCGGGGAAAGUGGAGGAAGCUUUUAGGUUAAAGGAAGAGAUGUUUAAGCGCGGAAUUCAGCCAGACAUUUAUACUUACAAUUUGCUAUUACAUGGCAUUUCAAAUAUGGGGAAAAUGAAAGAUGCUACUAAUAUUUGGGAUGAGUGCAAAAGACAUGGUAUUGUUUCCAAUGUUUAUACAUAUGCAAUCAUGAUGGACGGAUAUUGUAAAGUUGAUAAAAUUGAAGAGUGUCAAAACCUGUUUGAUGAGUUGGUUACUAACAAAGUGGACCUCAAUGCUGUUGUUUACAAUACACUGAUCAGAGCUUACUGUAAAAAUGGGAAUAUUAUGGCGGCCUUUAAACUUCAUGAUGACAUGAAAAGUAAGGGUAUCCCACCAACAAUUUGCACGUAUUCUUCUCUAAUACAUGGAUUGUGCAACAUGGGUCUUCCUGAGGAUGCAAGACAACUUCUUCUUGAAAUGAGAGGACUGGGCUUGGUGCCAAAUGUUGUCUGUUAUACAGCAUUACUUGGAGGUUAUUGUAGGCUUGGCCAGAUGGAUAAAGUUGGGAGUCUCUUGCAGGAAAUGUCUUCAUCCAAUGUACAACCAAACAAAAUUACCUAUACUGUCAUGAUUGAUGGUUACUGUAAAUUGGGUAACAUGAAAGAAGCAGGGAAGCUUCUCUGUUUGAUGGUUAAGAAUGGAAUAGUCCCAGAUGUUGUCACUUAUAAUGCCUUUACAAACGGGUUAUGUAAGGAAGGGAGGGUGGAAGAUGCUUUUAAAGUAUGUGAUCAUAUGGCUAGCGAAGGACUACCUUUAGAUGAAAUUACAUAUACAACAUUGAUUCAUGAGUGGCAUCUGCCAUCAGCAUGGUCUAAUCAAGAAUGAGCACAGUACCUAAAGGUUGGGUGAAAGUUUCUGUAUGGUAUAUUCUUGCAGUGAUAUCUUUCUGGAUCCUCGCAAAAAAUUCAUACUGGUUGUUAAACAUUAGAGGCUAGCUGCUCACAAGAAAAGGAGUUCACCCUCAUGCAUGAGCUAGGUUUAAGGUACUUUUCUAGCAUCUUUUAUUACUCUAAAAGACUAAAAUGUCUAGCUCUUCAAGUCAUGUGUAUUUUCCCAACAUUUAUGUUUUUGAUUGCACUUGCUACAAAUUGCUUUUGACUUGACAGAUCGUCUGCAAAAAUUUUCACUCUGUGAGUACCUGAUAUAGGACAGGUUGAGCCAUUGAGGUGAUCUCUCUAGAUGGAUUGUGUAAUAGGUUAGGAAUGGAAAGAUGGUUUUCCUGAACUUGUUAGUUGUUGCUCCCUGAUUCUAAUCCUUUUAAAGUGCACACAGGUGGUUCAAGCUAUAAUGGAGAUUUGCAGGUCUUAAUAUUCAUCAUAAGGCACUUGGGGCUUUACAGGUCAUAACUUUUCUAGAAAAGUUGGAUGAAAGACCUUGCCAUCACCUGCUUAUAUAUUUAACCCUAAAAGGCAGGAAUUUUAUUGUUGUAUGAUUCUCAAGGAAGGAGACUAGCUUGCAGAGAGCGAAGCCAUUGGAGGCUUGCAUGGAAAUGAGAGAGCCAUAUUACAGAGUCAAAACAAUGGUCCUCUCACAAAAGAACAAGUUAAUGAAUAACAAAAGCACAGCAUUCCUAGCUUUCUGAAAAAGUACAGUGGUCAUGAGACAUAAUCAGUCGAGUGAAUCAACGUGCUGGGAUUUCUUAUAAAACCUAUCAGCAGAGGGUGUUCAGGAGUUCAGUAAGGAUUUUCCCUGCUGUGGAUUUCAAAAUAUGCUUCAAAUGUUGAGUCCCUUGUUACUCCAGCCUUGCCAAUCCAUCUGCUAUUGAGUUUGCUUCCCUCCUGAUGUGGUUGAAGGUUUAGGCUGCCUGCAUUUUAGAGAAUCUUAUAGAAGAUGAAGUGGCUUGUUCGGGGUUGUUAUGACUUACUUGCAUCAUGGAAAAAGAUGUUGGGGAUAACCACCAGUGAACUUUUCCUGCAAGAAUUUAAGUUCCAAGUAUCACAGUCAAGUUGCUCCCUAUGUAAGAUGGGAGUCCGUGGUAUAUUAUUUGGAGGCU